CCGCUUCCUCCUCCUCGUUUGCUCUCUGUCUCCGCACAGUCCGCAGAACGACGACGCAGCGGCCAAAACGGGGCUCAGGAGAGCAACCCGCUAACCCGCUCCAACGAACUAACCGGCCGGGCCAACCCGAGUUUGACCGGGUUUCUCCGGAUUUGACUAUUUCCGGGCUGACAUGAAAAUGGGUUGGUAUGCCCAUUUUUUUGGCCGGGUCCGGGCUAAUCCGGGUCGACCCGCGGGUUGACAAACUUGAACCAACCAAAUGCAGCAAACUCUAGCGAACAGAAGGCGAAGAUUCGCGGCCAAAUUUGUUCCGCCUCCUCGAAAACGCACUCUCUUCUCUCCGUUGACCAGUUAACAGAACACCAACGAUUCCUCCUCCUCUUCCUGAUCGUCCCUUGUGGCAACAUCGCAAUCGAGAAUGGAGAACUCCGGUGCCGUUUCUAGCUUCGAUCAUCACCUGCCGACCGUCAUGGUCACCAAUGACGACGGUAUCGACGCGCCUGGGCUCCGAUCCCUGGUUCGAGUCCUGGUCUCCACUCGUCGCUUCCAAGUACUAGUUUGCGCUCCUGAUUCAGAGAAGUCAGCCGUGAGUCACAGUAUUACUUGGCGGCAUCCAAUUUCUGCUCGGCGAGUGGAAAUUGAUGGAGCUACGGCCUAUGGAGUGUCUGGCACUCCGGCUGAUUGUACUUCCUUAGGAGUCUCCGGAGCGCUGUUUCCUUCAGUUCCUAACCUGGUGGUGAGUGGCAUAAACAUGGGGAGCAACUGCGGCUAUCACAUCGUGUACUCCGGCACAGUUGCUGGUGCCCGUGAGGCCUUCUUGAAAGACAUCCCUUCAGUCUCUGUAUCAUAUGAUUGGGUUGGGGGAAAGAGCAGUGUUGAUGACUUCACCCUUGCUGCUGAGGCUUGCAUACCAAUUAUAUCAAGCAUACUUGCUGAAGUUAAAAGUACAAAAUAUCCAUCUGGGUGCUUCUUGAAUGUAGACUUGCCAACAAAUGUUACCCAGCACAAGGGGAAUAAGCUCACCAGACAAGGUAAAAGCAUAUAUAGAACGGGAUGGAAGCAAGUUACUUCUACCACACGAGGGAAAAUGUUGUCAACAAUGACAAUGGAUACAGAUGCAAAGAUGCCAGUGGAGGCUGAUAUAAUGGCUGAUGCGUCCCAAGGAAGUCUCAUCUUCCAAAGAGAAGUGGAAGGAGCACAAAUUGUUGAAGAUGAUUCGGACCACAAAUAUCUCAAGGAUGGAUAUGCUGCCACACAUACUUCAAAGAUUGGCUACCGAGUGUAGUUGACCACACAUCCCCGUCUGCCUUAUAAGUUGCUGCAUUUUAUUGGGAAAGCGUCCAAAGUGGUGAACUCAAUACUGGUGAGUUCUGAUAUCACUUCAUGCUGCAUUUUCCCCCUCUGUUUCAACCUCAGUGUCCGUUCUGAUAUCACUUCAUCCUGCAGUCUAUUUCUAGAACGUCUUUCUAUUCUGCUAGACUCUUCACUCCUGCAAUUCGGUAACUCUUUUAAUAGCUGUAGGACUCUUGCGAUCUCCAUGCAAAAACCGAUUGCGACCCGGUUAAUAGCCAUAGGAGUAAACACAAAGAAGAAUAAGUCGAAGAGUUAACUCCUUAGUUUAGAAAUGGAACCAUAGCUUAAUAACCUUGGAUCGUGAAAAUGUGCUGCAUACCAGACCAGUGAUCCUAGUGGUUCAGGGUAUAUUAGAGGUAGUAAAAGGCGUUAUAGAACUGUGAUAUUCCCAUACUGGUUUUAUCAGCGGUAAGUGGUUUAGCUCAAAGUGCAAACAUUUAAACUAGGUCUCAUCCAAUCUCAUUGCACUAUUGCAGAAGCUUAUCCGACAAUCACCUAUGACCUAUGUGAAUUGCUUGUUCCUGUAGCUAGGUCUGGGGAGUUGGGUUCGGUUUUUCCGUUCAAACCGAAACUGGUAAGAAUCCUACCGGUUUCGUGGUUUUUUGUUUUUAACUGUUUUGUUUUCGGUUCAAGCUGGAAAGCCAAUAAGAAACCGAACUCGAAUCUUGCUCUAACAGAAACUAAGAAGAAGGGGUUUCUGUUUGUUCUAAUUGAACCGAACCUGUUAAGGGUCUUAUCGGGUUUUGGCUAACCGAAAACCGAUAACCCCCUUAAUGGGUUCAAGUUCAAUUUUGGAGUAACAUUCUUUAUCGUUGUUUUGGUUUUUAAUGGUUUCGGUUCGGUUAACCAAAUCAAACCGAACUGACACCCCUACAUGUAGCUCAUAUCUUCUAUCUCGCGGCUCUUCCGUUACUUGACAAAUGCUAAUUCACCAACGGGUUGUUGUCUUUUUUUUCUCUCAGGAAAACAAGAGAGAGAGAGAGAGAGGCGUUCAAGCUUUGAAGAACCCUAAAGAAGUACCAUUUGCUUGGAGUGAUUAGAAGCAAGAUAAGUAACUGCUGAUGUACAUAAUGGUCGUGGUGGGUGAUUGAUAUAGUCGGUUAGGUCGUAAGUUUUUCUUAUGCUGAUGUUGCCCAAUUAUUUCAGCGCUGCAUUAAAAGAGUUUGCACCACAUGAGUGAACCGACAGCUCUACCAUUUUAGAUUUAAAAGCCUCAAAUUUAGCAGUUUGCGUAGCUGCAAUUCAUGUUAGUUGACAUGAUGCCUACUUGGCUAGCUAAUUGUCUGGGCGGUGUAUUUGUUGGACUUCCACAGGAUGCUGUGUUCGGCCUAAACAAGGAAAGAAGCUACCUUUUCUUUUCAUUAUCGCCCUCUUUACAAAGGUUUUGGUCUAAAGACUUCACAAAACUGAAGGGACAGUGUGACGUGGACAAUGAUGGACAGUGACUACCAGGAUGCUUUACUAGCAAAAUAUUCAGCUUUACCUACAUGGCUACAUAUGAAACCAACACCUGGCUUUAGUGCUCUAGCGUCAUUAAUCAACAAGCCUCAACAUUAAUCGAAUAUCAAAUCAAGUAAAUGUCAAAACGAAAAGGAACUCUCAAUGAUAAUGAGAUGUUAAAUAGUGAGGUUUCAACUUUGAGAUUUUAGGGUGAAUUUCAUCUGGUAAUUCACUCGUUAGACAUUCUUGUCAAGGGAGAAAGCAAUUUUUUUGUUGAAGACUUUUAUCAAGUUUUGUCCAAGGAUCCAAGCAUAAGGUCUUGUUCUCUCCAAUUGAUAACAUCAAAUAUGAGUUGUGUUCGAAUUUAAUGUAUUAUUCAUUCGUGCAGAUAAUGCAGCAUCUGAAUUCACCGAUUCAGAAGAACGACAAACUAUCUACAAUUCGCCUUCUGGUAGCCUUGAUUUGCUCAUUCGAAAACAUAGAAACGUUGUGACUAUCAUAUUCUGGUGGUAUAAGAGUGGUAAUUAGUCGAGUCGAUGUGGUAAAUUACGAGUCUGUCUAAUUCAUGUGUUGUCCAAUCCCUUCAGAUAUCUUUCGUUUUUCGCAGAGUCAACUUCGGUAACCAUACAUGAAUUGAAAGAAGAGACAAACCGUCACCCCCUGCCCUUCUCAACCGCUGGAACUGACAAAGCAACUAUCGCCAGAGAGAGACAGAGCACAGCUCACUUUGAAGAACAAGAAGAAAUCUAGAAACACAAUUUCCCCCAAGAUCCUACCCACCAAAUUUCCAUUUAGGGUUGCAUUGACGUUUAAGCAUGUUCAAUGGAAGAUCCCAAAAACGCAAGUAGGAAAGCAUAUACAAGAACAGGGGAAAGCAAACAAAACAGGGGAAGGACC